GCAGCCUAGCGCGUCUAUCAAACGGAAGUACUCGCCCACACCAGCUGACAAGUUUCCAAAACUCCCAACAAGUCCUCGUCGCUCCCAAACCUGAUCAGGCUGCCGCCGUCUCCACUAAGCCAGCCAGCCACACCUGGAACGAUGUUUCCUUGCACCGAGCGGGACAAGCGCUGGGUUUUGUGCGCUUUUUGUCUCUCCUGGGUCUGCCUUCUGGGCUCUUACAGCAGAGCCGCGCAAGAUGGCCGUCAACCUGAGCUGUUCAUCUUCAAUGAGCUGUGUGCCCUGAAAGAGGAUCCGGGACCUUGCAAGGCCGUGAGGGACAAGUACUUCUUCAAUGUGGACACGGGUCGCUGUGACCUGUUUGAAUAUGGAGGUUGCGGAGGAAACGCCAACAACUUUGAAACCCUGGAGGCGUGCCAAGAAACGUGCAUUGUCUCAGAUGAUAAAAACCCAUGCCACCUACCCGAAGCGGAAGGUCCCUGUCGCGGCCUGGUGACGCGUUACUUCUUUGACAGCAACACUCUGCAAUGCAAGCGCUUCUAUUACGGCGGUUGCUUUGGCAAUGCCAACAAUUUCAGGAGCAUCGCUGAGUGCCAGGCGAAAUGUCAAAAACAAGAAGACAUUGAAGUCCAGACCACUGCCAAAAAAAUCAAUGAUGUGCAGCCGACUGUAUUAACUGGGGAGCAGACGGUCAACAUUGCUAUGGUACAAACGAAUAACACCGAUGCAGAGUACUCACAAGAUGUCAAGGUGUCGGAUGUGUGCUCAAGUCCUGCAGACAGGGGAACGUGUGAGGGGAUUUUGCGCAGGUUUGCUUACAAUCCCAAAACCAAGCGAUGUCACGAGUUCUCGUACAGCGGCUGUGGCGGGAACGACAACAACUUCAAACAUCGGAGACAGUGUUUCAGGAAGUGCGUUAAAAGUCAAAAGGAUCGUGGGAUGAAGUUCAUUCGAAUAAGGAAGAAAAAUAUCCCCAACAUUCUUCAUGACACGGUCUGAAGUCUUUGGGCAAAUUUGAACUAGAUUCUGCACUUCUCUACAGUCACUUGUCUCCAUAUAUUGUUUUGUAGUACUAUAGUUUUGCUGGUAAGUGGUGAGUUUUUUGGCUCGUAGUGACCACACACAAUUUACAUUUCAUUAGAUGCUUGACAAAAAGCACUUUUGUGUUUUGCCACUUUGAUCACAUUUUAUGGAAAACAGUAUUGUAUUUGCCUUUUCACCAUUUGAGAGAUUGAAUAAUCAUGGAGUUCCACGCUCCUACUGUGAGUUACUUCCCAAAAAUGUUCAUCCUUUUUAAAAAAAAAAAAAAAGUCCAUCAGGAUGAUAUUUAAUUUUAUAUUUUCUCUCAUUUUGAAACUGAUCACUUUGAAUAACAACAUAGCAGGAAGGUUAAUAUGCUGUAUAUAUUUUUUCCUCACAAUUAAUAUCUGCAAUAGAUAAUCUGUGGGCACGUUUUCAUUAUCUGCUUCGAACUCAAAUACUGCAUUUAUCUCAUUGUCAGCGCUGUCUUGUACUCAAUUAAAAACCAUCAUGAGCAAUUUCUUCUUUUUCCAAAUAAAAUCUUUUUUC